GCGUGACGCGAGCACGGCGGCUCCGCCCCCUGCGUCUCUGGCCUCGCCGGCCUCGGGGGGGAGGGAUGGUUCCAUCAUGGCGUCAAUGCAGAAACGACUGCAGAAAGAACUGUUGGCUUUGCAAAAUGACCCACCUCCUGGGAUGACUUUAAAUGAAAAGAGUGUUCAAAAUUCAAUUACACAGUGGAUUGUAGACAUGGAAGGUGCACCAGGUACCUUAUAUGAAGGGGAAAAAUUUCAACUUCUAUUUAAGUUUAGUAGUCGAUAUCCUUUUGACUCUCCUCAGGUCAUGUUUACUGGUGAAAAUAUUCCCGUUCAUCCUCAUGUUUAUAGCAAUGGUCAUAUCUGUUUAUCCAUUCUAACAGAAGACUGGUCCCCAGCGCUCUCAGUCCAAUCAGUUUGUCUUAGCAUUAUUAGCAUGCUUUCCAGCUGCAAAGAAAAGAGACGACCACCAGAUAAUUCUUUUUAUGUUCGAACAUGUAACAAGAAUCCAAAGAAAACAAAAUGGUGGUAUCAUGAUGAUACUUGUUGAUGCCACUAUUAUCAUCCUCCUAGCAGAAGAUAGUCCUACUGAGAAAAUGAGCACUUUGAUCAUUCAGUCUUUGAACUUUAACCUUUGACUGGAAGUGACCUAUAGGCAAUGAAGACUACUUCCUUUUACUGCAUUUUUACUCGUGUGCAUUCUGGGCGCAUGUUGAUCGCUGGUUCAGUCCAGGCAGCUGACAUGCAUUUAUUAGUCAUACAGUAUUAAUGCAGGUGUCAGGAAAUGUCAAAUAUAAUUCCAUUUUUUAUUUUUAUUUUUUUAAGCUUUUGGAAAAGUUCCAGGUCCUCAUGUAUUGUGCAAUAACAAUGACUUCCUUUACGGUUUUGGGACGUUCAUUGCCGGCAAUGGACGUCAAAACAGGAAAAAUUUUCAUUAACUCCUGCCACCCAGUGAUUAAUGCAUGACGGGACCUGGGACAUUAACGUAACGGUUCUCGUGGGAUUAUAAAUAAAGUGAGGGAUCCAAUAUUACUUUGAAAGUCACCCCAACUUGUUUCUAUUUGGAUUCUAUGCACUGUGAUCCUAAGGUUAACAGCAUGAAUUAACAUGCAUCUUCAAAGGACUGUAAUGAAAGAUCAUUGCGUAUUUAUUGAAUUGUUUAUAUCUACUGUCAAGUUGUUUUGACAUGGAAGGUUUUCAAGUAACAUUGGCAGAGAGGUACAAUAUGUUAUCCCUAUGGUGAAAAUAAAUUCAUUCGUUGUAUAUAGUUCCUUUAAUCUUUGAAGUAAAGGUAUGAGUAAUAAUAGGGUAUGAAUGGUUUAAUCAAGGCUUUAUUUUGGAAGAAAAAUGGCAGUGAUGAUUAAAUUACUGCAGUCCAUAAUUUGGGCUUGUUUGUACAUUAAUGAUUUUUCCAAGUAGAGUACACUCUGUUACUUCCUGCUAGCCAUCAGCAUGAGCCCUACUGCCUAAACACUAUUUCAUUUAUUUGUUUCGAAAACCCAAAAACAUUUUUUGUUUGCCAUUUUGUUUCUUUUGUUCUGUUUUAAGUCAAGUUUGAAUGUUACAAUACUUUAAUUGAAAAACUUUUGUCAAUUUUUUUCUUGUAAAUUUUCUUUACUUGUAACUAUCAUCUUGUCCUUCAAUCCUGUACCCUAAAAUAAGAAAUACAUUUUUGACAGAGGCUUAAUGUUGUAUCAAAGAGUGUGGACAUUUUUAUUUUAAAAUUUAGGCAGAAGUACACCAUAGAAUGGUAUGUUUACUUAUUUUAUUUAUCUCACACAACCAUACAGUUAUUCCUGGAGAGAUUUCUUUUUUGUUUUCUUAUUUAAAAGACUUUGCUUACAGUCUUCGCUUUACAGUCAGAUUUUUUCUAUAGGAAAAAAAUUGUUGAAAGGUCCAAUUCUCAGUACCGUGUAAGUUAAUGAUACUGCAGCUAGGCUCUCUUUUUUAAAAGUGAUUAAUGUAUUUUAUAAAUUACCUUUUCACAUAUGCAAAAUCUGUUUCUACUACAAUGUUAUUUUUACUAAUGCAUAUUGUUGCACUCUUUUGACAUAUCCUGCAGUGAAUUUAUGAAUCAAUUUGGGCUUAAAAAUAAAAGCCAAUUGGCUGAAAGGUUUGAAAUAUGUACCCCAGCAAAACUGUCCAAUCAAUAAUUGGCAAGUAAUAUUUUAAAAUUUGUUUUUAAUCUCUGUAUAGACAACAUUUUGUAGCUUUGUACAUGUUGUUAAUUAUGGGCAUAUAAUUUUACACUCUAAAGUAUAAUUGCUGAACUCAGGGGUGGGUAGACUUCAAAAAUACGUCUGCUUUAGAAAUAACUUGAAAAAAAAUUAAAACUAUAGCCAGCCACCAAAUUGUGGACACUGUUUAUACUGCUAGUUAGCAACUACCACUUUUUAAAAUUAAAAACAUUUUUUUCUCUCUUGACUAGGCAUAAAUAAGUUCCCAUAGUAGUCUUUAUCUGUCUUACUAGAUGGCCUAUUUAAACAAGACAGAAAAUGUUUUUGGAGAUGCUUUGAAUUACUCUUAGUUUUUAACUGCUUUUUAAUAUGAAAAUCGCAGCUGUAAAUUAUGUAUUUUUCAUAUUUUACAUAACUGCUCUAAACUGAUUAACCUGAUCAUUUUCGGGGGUGAGGGUGGGGGAAAUUCUCUUCGUUCUGCUGGUUCUCUUACUAAAAUCCUUUUAUUUAAAAAAAUGACCUGUGACAUUUAUUUACCGAAAGAAUUGAUAUACCAGGUCAAAGAUUAACAAUGCUAUAUUAUAGAUAUAACCUCAGUUGAGUUCUUAAAAUAUGAAUAACAGUAUUUUAACAUACCUCUCUCUCUACAUGGAGACACCAUAAAAAUUAAAAUGAAGCAGAGGAAAGUAAAGGAAAACCAAAUAAUUUCAGUUCAUUUUAUGGUUUAAAGAGAAGAAAUGAAGAUGAAAUAUCCUAAAAUAUAGAAACACCAACCAUUCAAAAUUUACAAUCAGAUAACACUAUUUCUCCCUUGAACUUAGGAAUCAUUGACAAGUCCUUUGCACUUAGAUUUAAUGAGUUAAUUUUAAAUGUAAGUUACAUUAUUGAAAGACAUAAGAUGUUUACCUGAGUCAUUGCUCUGGAAAGGGCAGUUAAUGGCUUUGUAAUAACUAAAUGGCUAUUUCUCUGUGAUACGUUGUUGGAAGACAACCACAACGCCAAGAAAAUGUACAUAGGAGCCUGCUCCUUCCCUCUUCCCUCUUCCCUCUUCCCUGUGGGGCACUGUCUGCUGCGGAGGCCUAAGAAUCCUCACAUUCAGACAGUGCACGUCCUUCUUGUUUGUUUGUUUGUUUAUUUAUUUAUUUUAAGGCCAUUCUUCUGGUUUGCCAAAUUCUGUUAAGACCGUGAUGCAUUCAAUUCCUUAUUUUGCAUGCUUAGAUCAGGAACUUGGCCCUUUCAAAAAAAGAGGAAAAUACUAUUACGUCAAGUAGGUAUUUGCCGUAGACUUUAAAGAGAGAAAUGGUUUUCAGUUUUUUUAAGAUAAACUUUUUAAAAAAGUAAAUUGUGUGGAUGUUCUCUUAAGGAAUUUGAUAUUCACCUCUAAAGGACUUUACUUGUAAUGUGUAAAUUCUUCCUUUUAGCUAGCAGGGAAAUAAAAAUUUUUUUUAAUCCCCAGGGGCAAAUGCUAAAAAUAGCUUUUCUAAACAGUUCACCUGGAGAAAGAUCUUAAUCCUUAUUGACUAGGUAUACCCAUAUUUGGUAUAAAAUAACUAGAAUAGUUUAUUACUUUUUCCCUUCUGAUAUUUUAAAUAUAUGCAAUAUAAUGUAUCAUUAGAUUCCUGUGGUAGAUAAUUUUUUCAGAUUCUAAAACAGGUAUCUAGUGGCUGCUUGAUCAUCCCCAGAUUACAUCAAAGAUGAAUUGACAGAUAAUGGAAAUGAGUAGUGAUGUGAAAAUGGUAUGUAACCACAUAUGACUUGUUUCUGCUAAUCAAGUCUUAUUUUUUAAAAAGCCUAUUGUUUUCGAGAAUUGAGAUAUUUAAGCCUUGUUAAAGCUUCUCCCUAAAAAUAGAAGAGAAGAGGAGGUACUGUUCGUUAACUUUUUUUAAAUAAAGAAUUCAGUGUCACUAGUUCUAAGGCUUUAUAUUCCUGCUUAUAUUUCUCGGUCUCACUUUUAUUUAGUUUUUUGUGCAUAUUUUAGCUGAAUGUUUUAGAUUUGUAAUUGUGCGAGUUGAUUUUUAUAAAGAACUCAGUCUUAACCAUACGUUUCUCUUCUAAGGCUUCCUUGGUACCAGAAUCAGCUGCUCUGGUAUUCUGUGUUGGGCAUGAGUCAGAUCUGUGAAGAGGGUGUCUUUCAUCUGCACCAACUGGCCCUAGUCCUCUUUGCAGUCCGUUGUUUUUUGUUUUGUUUUUUAUUCCUCUUUUUCCUCACUGUCUCCUCACAGAUGUGUGUGUAGUGUUUUGUUCUUCAGCAGUUUCUGACUUCUAAGUUUUUCGCCCUCCCUCCUUCCUUCCUCCUUUACUUCCCUUUUCCUUUCCGUUAAAUUACUUGUUUUGCUAAAAGUAUAUUUCUGUUUAAGUUUCUAAGUCACUUUGAGAUUUGGACUCUUUUUAAACAAUAAUUUGUAGGAGGCUUUUGCUUUCUCAGCAUAAACUGUGCGUUUAUCAUUACCAUUAGAGGCCCACAGAAUUUAAACACAUCCUUCAAACUGAAUCUGUCCCCUGAAGUUGGAAGCUCUGGUUCUGUGGUACUGACUGUGAUUUUAAUUCUAAAAUGUUAGUAUUGGAAUAUAUAUUUGGGGGUGAAUCUCCAGAAUGUUUACAAGAAAAUGUUUUUUAUGAAAGGUACUUGGUUGGUUAAAAAAAAGAAAAAAGUAACACCUGAAGUCAUUUUGAAUGUGUGGAAGGAAUGCCAGACUAGAAGCUGGCCUGACACACCUAAGAACUCCAGCUUUGUGGGCGCAGUGCAGUUAGUGGGAAAAGGAAACAGUUCUCGGUCUGAUUCUUGGCACAUACACUGGCAGGUUUUUGAGGAAACUGUUCCUACAUUACUUCUAAGCUCAAAGGCAGAAGCAUGGGCUUUUGCUUGUUCAACAUGACAUCACUUGUCACAUUUCCUGGUGUAUGGGAAGAUUAAAUAAUCCUGCCUCGUUAAUUAUAGAGCCUGAAGCAAGACUGCUAAGCAAUUUGGUAGAUUGUGUCAGUUACAAUGAAAAUACAAACCUCUCCAUAAUUAACCACAGAUUGUUCACAUAAAUGGAAUGGAUUGUCAUGCUUGAGGUAAAAUAAUUAUUUGAAUAGAUUAUUAAAUUAUCUAGAAUUGACUGCAUGUUUAUAAGUCAAAAUGGAUUAUUUUGUUCUUAUUUGGUACCAUUUUCCUCUCAAUAUUCAGAAAUACACAUUGUACAUUUUAUUAAUAGGAAUGGAAGCUUGCGCUUCAAGAUUUGAAGAGGGUGAAUGUGUAUAUUUUAUAAAUCCAAGUUGUAAAAUAUGUAAAGCUAUUGCUUUUUAAAUAGAAUAUAAAUGUUAAAGACAGAUAAAGCCUAUAUAUUAUAUAUUUUUAAAUACAUGUAUCAAACUUUUGUUAGUUGAAUAUAAAUUACAUUGUGUGCUUCAUGGAAUUCAGUAACUUUUAAUAAUAAAGCAGUUGUUAUUGUUUUUUUCCUGUAGACUUGAGUACUAAAUUGCAGAGAUAUUAAACCUCUUUAUAGAUGAUAAUGUAAAAAUUUAUUUCUAUAGUACUUCUUCUUUACAAAGACAGAUCUUUAAAAGAUUAUGGAAACAGUAAUGUGUCCAUUUCCAAAUGAGGGCAACAGAGAAGACAGUCUCUAGAGCGGCUUGUUUGUAUUGCUCGCAGGUCACCUUUACCUGGCAGUUUAGCCUGGUGCCUCUCAGUGCUUCUUCGUGCGUUAAGUCCUGGUGAACGACUGGGUGUUUCAGAAAAGAUGGAAAUAGAGACCCGGGCACUUAGAGUGAACAGGAGUCUGGCGCUGUUGAACUUCAAGUUGAGUGAUUAAUAAGGGCAGACUCCACAGAACUUCUGGAUAUUUUCCUGAGUAUACAGACCCAUCACCUAAAGUAAGCGAGGAACUCCUGAAGCUGUGAGAGGAGAGAAGGAAGCAAGCAGAAGGCCGUCUCUGCAUCCCCGCUCUUCCCAGCAGGAGGAAACCCAGUGUGCUCUGCUGGUGGUCUGAGUGUUUUCUUUCCACAGGGUAUCUAUGGCCCGAGGAUGUCUUGUCUCAACGGGCAGGUUCUGCAGCUCGAUGAGCAGCUCCUUAGAUAAAUGCAAGAUCCAUCUCCUCUGGACUCUGAUGCCACUCUCUUCCUUUACUGUAAUCCUCAGAACAAUUUCUACCUGACAUAGAUGGUAUGACUUCUCCACUAGUGAAAGGGUGACUGAGUGUUUCUAUUGAAGCCCUUCCUGUAUUUAGUACUUUUCACACUCAUAUAGCACCCAGCAAAAUCAAACAUGAACUGAAUUGAAGGGUCAGGUGACACAGCUAAGGGUUUUGUGUGCUUGGAGAAUAUGGCCCAAGGCCACAGUGGUUCUGUCCUUUGGUAAUCCCUGUCAACAAAUCUUUUAAAUUGCGUAUGAUAUUAAGGCAGAGUAUAUAAGUGGGAAUACUUGUGUGCCCUUUCCAGUCCAGUGGAGUAUGAAAAUAUUUUAAUAGGAAAGUUGAAAUAAACUAUGGUAGAAAAUAUCUUUUAGAUGUGUUUGCCUUCAAGGACAUAAUGUGGGUAGAGUCAUACCAGGCGAGAACCUAAUAUGGAUGUCUGUGUCCUGCAGAAAAGGUAUUCAACUUGACAUUAAAAUUUUUUUUACCCUCGGACCCCAAAACAUCUUUCCUGUCAGCAUUCUAUCCAAUCUAGUUACCCAAACGGGGAAUUGAACAUUACUUGCUAGUUAUCUCUGAUAUCAUUAAGCCCUGUUGAGCCUGUCUUAAGACAUCUCUAAAACGUCCCCCUUUUCUCAGUCCCCUUACACUACGUGGUCCUGGUGUCCUAGAUGUUCUUCAGCUGUCCACACACCUCGUUCUUUAAGUAGUAACAGAACACGCGUGCCUGUACUUUGCUGAUGGUCUCCGCAGUCCCUGGAGUGUCCAUCACCUGCUUUCCUACCCGAAAGCACCAGUUCAAAUGUUACCUCUGUCCUUCCCUCUCCACCCCCACCAGUCUUCUAUCCUGAACUCUAACUAUAGGAACAAUGUCCCAACUGUGUGUGUGUCCCUAGCACAUAGUCGUAUCAUAUAAGCUUUUAAUAAAUGUUUUUUGAAUUAA